CAACUAGUGAAGUUUAUUCUUCGGUAGUUGACUUCGUACUCCUGUUUACCACCUACUCGGACCCGCGCAGCCGUAAGCCCUAGACAUUGUGACGACAACAUUUAUGAAAAAUUAAUACGUCAUUAUCAACAGAAAAUAGCUUUUCAUUGUUGCACCCCUUAGAAGAUGUCAUUUUCUUAUGUAUUUGAAAUUUUAUAUGACAAUUUUAUAAUUAAAUUGAAUUUUCGGAAAUUAGUUUCCAAGGGAACCAAACUACAAACUUUGCUAAUAUUAUCCGUCCAUUCCCCCAUAUCUAUUGUUAUCGAAUGACAAAUGUUAAAGUGUUUAAGCGAAGACUCACAUUUUGAAGAAAUGUUUAACAGAGAUAAAAAACGUGAUAACCUCACUACAACAUCAUGUGAAGAACUAUGGAAUAUAGAUAUAACAAUUUUAAAUACAGUAGGUGUAUCACUUCGUGAUGCAUUUGGUGGUGAAUAUCGUAAAUCAAAUUUAUUGCAAACUACAUUAUAUAUUGUUGGGGUCAUUUCACAGAGUUUAUUCAUAUGUUUCGCUGUAUACACAUUGUAUAUUGUUGAAAAUAUUGAUUUAGAUUUUAUUACUAGUUUUACCCCGCUGGCAUUUGGUGUUGGGAUGAGUAUCCUAAAGGGUUCAACAUUAUGGUUUCAUCGACGUGAGUUAUUUGAAAUUUUAAAAGAAUUUCAUACUCGAUGGAUUUAUGUCAGGACAAAAGUCCAUUUACAAAAUGAAAUUCAUAUGCUCAUUAAUACUUCGAAAAAAGUACGGUAUUGUUAUAUGACUUCUAUGAUAGGUAUCGGUUUAUCUUAUGCUCUACGUCCAUAUUUGUUACUAUUUACUCACUAUUUGAAAACAUUAGUCCUUCAAUCAAAUAGUACAAUGGAUUUUUCAGUUAUGUGGCCACUUACAUACCCAUUUACGUAUCAGACGAUGAAUCGAUACCUUUUAGUGUUACUGUAUGAGCAAUGUCUUAAUUACUUUGGUAUUUGUUGCAUAACAAUAUGUGAUACUUUUUUCAUUCACCUUAUGACUCACACUUCAAUUAACUUUUUGGUAUUAGCUGAUGAUUUUAGAAAUAUGAAUCAACAUAUUGAUAUUAACAAUAAGGAUAGCGAUAACGAUAAUGAUGGUGUUCAACAUAUGAUAGAAUUAGUUAAUAAACAUCGUUCCAUGUUAUCAAUAUGUCAAAAAAUUGUAUCUUCAUACAAUCUUGUUGUUUUUUUUACAAUGGUAUUGAAUGGAUUGGAUAUUUGUCUAUGUAUUCUUUCUUUAGAUAAACAAAUAUCGGAAAGACUUUGGGAAUUGUUAGCAAAAAAUUUAGUUCACGCAACUGGAGUUUGUGUCCAAAUAAUACUUUACUGCAAUUUUGCAAAUACGGCUACAGAAAUGACAGCGCGUAUUCAACAGUCAAUUUAUGAAUUGGAGUGGACGAGUUGUAAUAGUAAAUUUAAAAAAAUGUUAAUGCUAAUGAUGACAUAUACUAGUAAAAAAUAUACAUUUUCAGCAUACGGUAUUAUAACACUUGAUCGUGAACAAUUGACGAAGAUUUUCCAAACUACGAUGAGUUACUUUACACUUUUAAGAAGUUUUACAUAAUUUGUGUACAACUUAAUUCCGGAAUCUUUAAACCUGAAGGUUUAUUCUGUAACUAGCAAAAAGUUUGCAUAGAUUACGCCAGAUGAAAAAUUAAUUAUUGUUGUGAUAAGAUAUGUAGUCGGUGAAAUAAAUAUGCAAUAUAUUUCAUAGAUUAUUAUAUAUUAUAGGGAAGAGGGGGGCAGAAUGGGCCCCUUAAGAAAAAUAAUUAUAUUAUCAUUAAUUUUUUUUACGCGUUUACUUCUUUUUAGACUCUUGAUACAUAUUUUCACUUCAUUAUGCUGCGCCCGUUCAAAUGGAAAAAUCGAAAAUUAAGGGCAAAAUAAGCCCUCCAAAAAGUUUUGGAUUUGAUAUUUUUUAUUUUUUACACGUGUGAUAUUUUCGAAUAACUAUGAAACAAUUGUAUUUCAAUAAUACACUCAUGCCAUAAAUUAAAAGAACAGAAAAAUUUUAGACAUUUUUUAGUGAUUUUUGCAAGGCUGUAACUUCGUGAAAAAUAAUCGUACCGAAAAA